AUGUGGAACAUCUCAACACUGAUUCUUCUGCUACUUCUUCAGUUCUCGUGUUCUCUUAUUGGUUCUGCUACAGCUUUUGUGUCUUAUGACUCUAAAGCUAUCACCAUUAAUGGUCUAAGAAGGGUUCUCAUUUCUGGAUCCAUUCAUUAUCCUAGAAGCACCCCUGAGAUGUGGCCAGAUCUUAUUCAGAAGGCUAAAGAAGGAGGUUUAGAUGUUAUUCAGACUUAUGUUUUCUGGAAUGGACAUGAACCUUCACCUGGCAAAUAUUAUUUUGAGGGGAACUAUGAUUUGGUGAAGUUCAUAAAGUUGGUGCAGCAAGGUGGUCUCUAUGUUCAUCUAAGGAUUGGACCAUAUGUUUGUGCUGAGUGGAACUUUGGGGGUUUUCCUGUUUGGUUGAAGUACAUUCCUGGAAUCAGUUUCAGAAUAGACAAUGAACCAUUUAAGUUUCAAAUGCAAAAGUUUACUGAGAAAAUUGUUGAUAUGAUGAAAGAAGAAAAGUUAUAUGAGUCUCAAGGUGGUCCAAUAAUUCUAUCACAGAUUGAAAAUGAAUAUGGGCCUAUGGAGUAUGAAAUUGGUGCUCCUGGUAAAUCGUACACAAAAUGGGCAGCAGAUAUGGCUAUAGGACUCAGUACCGGAGUUCCGUGGAUAAUGUGCAAGCAAGAUGAUGCUCCUGAUCCUGUUAUUAACACCUGCAAUGGCUUUUAUUGCGAUUAUUUCUCCCCGAAUAAGGCUUAUAAACCAAAGAUGUGGACAGAAGCUUGGACGGGCUGGUUUACCGAGUUUGGAGGUUCGGUACCUCACCGACCUGCUGAAGACUUGGCAUUUUCAGUUGCAAGAUUUAUACAAAAAGGGGGGUCGUUUGUCAAUUGUUACAUGUAUCAUGGAGGAACAAAUUUUGGUAGAACUUCUAGUGGUCCUUUCAUUGCUACAAGCUAUGACUAUGAUGCACCUCUCGAUGAAUACGGAUUGCUGAGGCAACCGAAAUGGGGUCAUCUGAAGGAUUUACACAGAGCGAUAACACUCUGUGAACCUGCUUUAGUUUCUGGAGAUCCUACCCUUACACAAAGCGGAACCUAA